UGUGAAAUUGUGAAACGUACGAGGUGCGCCCAGCCCUUCCGCAGGGCUUGUAACAGCCCUGUGAAAACAGCCCACGUCGUCAAAGCUGUUUGCAGCGUGGCGCUGGUGCCUCUCCUCAUCGGGUGCCCACACGCCAGAUACGGCUCAUGUGUGGUGUUGACUGCUUAUAGACUUUUGCAGUAGCACAAAUAAACAGGGAUACUUCUACCUUUUCAGUGCAGUACACUGUCACACAGAUCCAGCCAUGCCUGCGGAAGGAAAAAGUGAUCUGGAGAGGAUUGGCCUCUUCAGUGAAAUGGGUUAUGUUACCAUUGGAGAUAAAUAUGUAUCACAGUAUAUGCGCCCUUUUAAUGAAGCUGCAAGCAAGAACAGACAAAUGUUACCUGGGGGUUCCAAAACAUUGUCAGCUCUUCAAGAAGGUUAUUUUGAGCCUCAGUUUGUAAGGAUUUUCGAUGGUGAAGCCUACUCAAACCCUGUUCAGCUAAGGAGACGCUAUAGAUUGGCAGAAGCAAAGAAAAAUUUGGGCAAAGCUUUCCUGCCCAGUAAUGGAGACAAAUUGCCAUGUGGAAAGGGCACCUAUUAUGGAACUAUAGGAGGUCCAUUUACAUACUUCAGUGCACAACUGAAAGCCAGAGAAAGAUACAUUCCUCCUGGAAAGAAUUUUUAUACUAAUCCAGGAAAAAAAGGAACCGGAUAUGGUUAUGCAAAUCUUACCAUAGGAGAACAAUAUCCACAUGAAGCAGAUGGGUAUGAAUUAGAAAAAUUAAUUGCAAAGAAAGCACGAGAGGAACACAAGCGUUUGGUUAAAGGAGGGCCUUUCAAGAUCAAUCUGUAUCCCCAGGACUAUUUUGAUGUGAAUCCUUAUUUUAAUGACAAACCUUUGCCACCUGUGAAGAAACCACCUCCAGAGAAGCCAAUUGCACCGCCUUUUAUACCAAGUUCUCCUGCUAAAAAGUCAGGGGGCAUGAAAGGAGGCACGUUUGAUCCUUAUCCAAGCCAUUCUGCUGAUCCUUAUGUAAUUAAAAAAUCUAUGGCUGUCCCAACCAGUAAAGAACGAAAGAUUUUCUAUCCUCCUCCUGGACCAAGAAGCAGACCUGUUACAAGCAUAAUAACUUUAAAUGUCACAAGAUCAAUAAAUGCAAAUAACUACAAGACUGCACACCUGACAUCUGACUAGUUCCUCUUCUUUCCCUUGGAGUACAUCGUCCCACAUCAGUGAAAGCAGAAGAAUAGUUUCCAGGAGAUUCCUGGUCUACUGAAAACAGAACAUCAUUACGUGACACUACGGUAAAAUAAACAAAACCAUGGUGCUGCUUGGUUUAAUUUAAGGGGAUGAAGACAUACCCAAUCUAUUAUUUCACCCUUAAUAGAAGGAAUGUGAUGGUUUAAGUGGACCUUUAAAGAAACAAAAAUACUGACUCUGAAGCACGGCAGAAGAAUGUAUUACAGAUGAUUGGAUGAACAAAAUUAAGCCUUACUGUAUGAAAGAAUACACUCCUACUGGACCAAAUGGAAGACAUGACAGCAGUUGUGAAAAGCUUUCUCUGAAUGCCAACAAUAUAAACAUGUAAUGACAUGCACAAAAUUUGACUAAAGCAUGCCUCAGUGAGAUAAUAGAUGAAAACAAAUUUUCCUCACUAAGUGAUCUAAGAUGCAUUUCUACUUUACCAGGGGCACUAUUUAGGCCUUGUCAAGCCAACUUGUUAGUUAUUUCGUAAAAACAACUCUAUUUUAAGUGAUCAUUACUUACCAAUCUAUGUGGCAGAUUUUCUGUAAAGCACAGUUUGCCAAUGCUUAUUACAGGAUGGUGUGUUAUAAAAUUGUAAAUAUAUCUUUUCAAAUUUUAAUAAAAAGUAAAAUAAAAAUCUUGUACUCUCUAUAGCUCUGCAAGUUGCCAAUGUGAAUGAAAAUAAACUGGAAUUAUUUCAGACCAGAGGAUGAACUGAACUGCUUCUUGGCUUCUGAGA